AUGUAUCCAUCAGCAUCAGCUUCUCUAUUUAGUAAUCACAAAGACGAAAGCCUAGCUGAUGUUCCCGUUGAACAGUUGAUUGAGAAUGCUGAUGCCUUUGCUGCUGUCUUCCCAGCGAUGUUUUGGUUUAUGUUUCAGCCAGAGCAAAAGUACGAGAUUGUGAAGAAGUUGCAAGAAUUGAAGCAUAUAUGUAGUAUGACUGGUGAUGGAUGCUCUCCUGCUUUGAAGAGAGCCAAUAGUGGUAUCGAUGUUGCUGCUGCUACAGAUUAUCAUCAGCGCAUUGUAACCACUCAAGCUAUUUUCCAAAGAAUAAUGAGCUAUACAGUCAGUGCUCUCUUUUAA